GAUGGUUUGAAAAAGCGAUGGAGGCCCAGACAGAGCAAAGCCAGCCAGCUGCGGUAAGGGAGCCAGCUUCUGCCCGGGAGAGGCCUGGCCUCAGGCUCGCACCCUCAGGGGGGUAGACAGCCUGUGACGGCAGCACAGCAUGGCCGAGGGAGACAACAGGGGCUGGCCAGGCUGCAGAGGGACUUCCUGGGAGGCUCCAGCCACAGGAAUCCUAAGCUGAGAUUCUGGAGAUCUUCUCCCUUCCUGCAGCUGUGGGCUGGGCCACGGAAACACUUUCAGUUUUGUUUCCUUGUCUGCAAGAAACGAAACUCAGCAGAAAGACUGAGCAGAGAGCAGAACAUGGAAGAAGGCUUCUUGGUGUGCAGGAACUGCAAAAGAAAUGUAGCCUCUGCCCACUUUGCCCUCCACGAGGUGCACUGCUUGCGGUUCCUGGUCCUGUGCCCGGAGUGUGAGGAGCCUGUCCCCAGGGAAAAGAUGGAGGAACACUGCAAGGAUGAGCACCAGCAGGUUGGGUGUACGAUGUGUCUGAAGAGCAUACAGAAGUCCUCACUGGCGUUUCAUGAGGCCAAUGAUUGCCAGGAACACACUGCUGAGUGUAAGUUCUGCGAGCUGGACGUGCAGCUCAGCAGGCUGGAGCUCCACAAGUCCCGCUGUGGCAGGCAGACGGAGCUCUGCCGGGGCUGUGGCCAGUUCAUCACGCGCCGGGUACUCGCCGAGCACACACGUUUCUGUUGGAGUGAACAGGCCCAGCUCAGGAAAGGGGAAAGAAUAUCAGCACCUGAAAGGGAAAUCCACUGUUAUCAUUGCAACCAAAUGAUUCCAGAAAAUAAGUAUUUCCACCAUAUGGGUAAAUGUUGUCCAGACUCAGAGAUUAAGAAACACUUUCCUGUUGGAAAGCCAAAAAUUCUUCCUUCAUCUCUUCCAAGUCAAGCUGCUGAAAACCAAACUUCCACAAUGGAGAAAGAUGUCCGUCCAAAGGCAAAAAGUAUAAACAGAUUUCCACUUCAUUCUGAAAGUUCAUCAAAGAAAACACCAAGAGACAAAAGCAAAACCUUGGAUCCACUUUGGAUGUCAGAGCCCAAGCCCAGGACCACCUCCCCUGUUGGAGAUGAAGCAGCCUAUGACAUUCUGAGGAGAUGUUCUCAGUGUGGCAUCCUGCUUCCCCUGCCCAUCCUAAAUCAACAUCAGGAGAAAUGCUGGUGGUUAGCUUCAUCGAAAGGAAAACAAGUGAGAAAUUUGAGCUAGAUUUGGAAAAGAAAAGGUACUACAAAUUCAGAAGAUUUCACUUUUAACAUUGGCUUUCCUGCCUACUUGCUGUGGUGGUCUUGUGAAAAAUGAUGGGUUUUAUUCAUUGGGCUUUAAAAGAAAAGGUUUGGCAGAACUCAAAACGAAACCUAUAUAUCAUCUCAAUAGAUACAGAAAAGGCUUUUGAUAAAAUUUAACAUGACUUCAUGUUUAAAACCCUCAAGAAACUAGGCAUUGAAGGAACAUACCUCAAAAUAAUAAGAGCCAUCUAUGACAAACCACAGCCAAUAUCAUACUGAAUGAGCAAAAGCUGGAAGCAUUCCCCUUGAGAACCAGAACAAGGCAAAAAUGUCCACUCUCAACACAGUCCUAUUCAACAUAGUACUGAAAGUCCUUGCCAGAGUAAUCAGACAAGAAAAAGAAAUAAAAGGCAACCAGAUAGGAAGAGAGGAAGCCAAAGUAUCUCUGUUUGCAGACGAUAUGAUUCUAUAUCUAGAAAACCCCAUGGUCUUGGCCCAAAAGCUCCUGUAUCCGAUAAACAGCUUUAGCUAACUUUCAGGAGACAAAAUCAAUGUACAAAAAUCUGUAGCAUUUUUAUACACCAACAACAUCCAAGCUGAGAGCAAAUCAAGAAUGCAAUCUCAUUCACAAUCGUCACAAAAA